UAAUAAUCUCGGGAUCUGAUCUUUGAGAAGAAGGGAAGACAUGGCUAGUUGUAGGAGCUUAGGUGAAUCAACUCUGCCAGUGCCAGGGCUGCCCAGCCCCACAAUUAAAUGUGGCUGGCCACUGGUGUAGGUGAGCGUGUUUAUUACCACUGUACUAGCAGGGAAGGUGGUUAUGCUAUGCAUCUACUCAGUUCACCGACAGUCCACCCCUGCGGACCCCCUCCAGACUUCCGUUGCGCCUCCCCCGAUCUCGCUCUUGUCUUCUGCCUCCGCGCACGGCUGCGUGCUAGACUGGUGGUGGUACUGGUAAGUGACCCCAGCAGCAAGGCACCCAUGCUCUCCGGUGUAUACACUGUCUUCCAAUGAUGGCCGGUGAAAACUAGACCAGGCACACUCUCUUCUGUGAGGGGGGGCGUGUGACACUGUGCCGCGUACUAUUUGACUACCUACGCAUCUAACCACAUCUAACACGGCAGUGCAGAGGCAAGUACAGGCUGGGCAGCUUAUAUUCAUCACUCGGACCAGAGCUCUUCUCCUCACCCCCCACAACACCUUGGCGGACUCAAGAGGCUCGUUCCCUCGUCUGUGAAAGACAGGCAGAACAAAUGGUGCAACCCAAGAAGAAGUUUCGUGGAGUCAGGCAGCGCCACUGGGGCUCCUGGGUCUCUGAGAUCAGACACCCCCUCCUUAAAAGAAGGGUGUGGCUUGGUACCUUCGAAACCGCUGAAGAGGCUGCACGGGCCUACGACGAGGCCGCCGUUCUGAUGAGCGGCCGCAAUGCCAAGACCAACUUCCCCGUGCAGAGGAGCAGCACCGGCGAUCCUGCCCCAGCUGCAACCCGGGACGUUCGUGGCGGCAGCUCCUCCUCCUCUACGAGCAACCUGUCCCAGGUUCUCAGUGCCAAGCUUCGCAAGUGCUGCAAGGCGCCGUCUCCGUCCCUCACCUGCCUUCGCCUUGACACCGAGAAGUCCCACAUUGGCGUCUGGCAGAAGCGUGCAGGGGCCCGCGCCGACUCCAACUGGGUCAUGACCGUGGAGCUCAACAAAGGGGCCGGGCCAUCCGGCGAUGCGGUGGCAGCGCAGUCCACAGUGUCAGCAACCACGGCUUCUUCACCGGCGAGUACAAUGGAUGACGAGGAGAGGCUCACGCUGCAGAUGAUCGAGGAGCUGCUGAGCAGUAGCGGUCCAGCUUCGCCAUCGCAUGGAGAAGAAGGUAGCUUCGUCGUCUGAAAAAGCAUGGACGAAACAGCAUCGCAACGUCGCCAUCCGAGAUCAGGAUCCCGUAGACUGGUUGGUACGCAAGCAGUUCAGGUUGUUUCAGGAAGAUAGAUAUAUGUCUACUACUCGAUCCAAGUUACAAAAAGCAUAAGUUUGCAACUGUGUGCAGCUAUAUGUACUUAUAUUUGUUAUUACAUACACAGUCACCGUCAAGAUACUUUAUUAUAUACAUCAAUGUCAGUUAUGUAGUAUAUAUAAAGGAAAUAAAUAGAAUGUGGUUUUGUGUUA